CAACAACAACAAAAAAAAAAAAACUUGAAAGCAAAUAGCGUAAUCGCACUCUUUGUAGACAGACUCAGUGAAAGCGAAGGCCGAGAUUCAAUUUUUGAGCUCUCAAGUUCAAAACAUUCUAUCAAGGUCGAGUUUCCGUCGAUAUCAACAGAAAAGAUUUUUCCCUUCGCAGGGAAGAAACCCAGCUGCAAUUUUUCGGUGAAUUUGGAGUCGGCAAAAACAUCGAUGGAUGAUCAGGUGGUGCAGCGUGUACUCCAAGAGGGUGGGCGUGAUUUGUAUCAACAGCAGCCAUCAACGUCUUCCUCUUCUUCAUCAUCCAUUCUCCAGUCUCUUCCCUUACAUGUGUCUUUUGAUCAUGGAUAUUACUUGCUGGUGAAAUCUAUUCAAGAACUAAGGUCAAAGAAAGAUGGGGUUGUCAUCAUAGGAAUCGGAGGUCCAAUUGGAUCAGGAAAAUCAAGCUUAGCUGAAAAAGUGGCGUCUGUGAUUGGUUGCACUGUUAUCUCAAUGGAGAACUAUCGCACUGGAAUCGAUGAUGGACAGGAUUUAGAUUCAAUUGAUUUUGACUUCCUUGUGAAAAAUCUCGAGGACUUGAUAAAUGGCCGUGACACAUUGAGCCCGCUAUUCAAUUUUCAAGGGAGAAAACGUGUUGGUUCUAAUCUUAUAAAGAGCAUUUCAGGCGGAGUGGUUAUAGUCGAUGGCACUUAUGCCCUUCACGCAAAACUACGAUCUCUGCUGGAUAUACGAGUCGCAGUGGUUGGGGGCGUUCAUUUUAGCUUGCUUUCCAAAGUGCAAUAUGAUAUUGGGGAGUCAUGUUCGUUGGACUACCUCAUUGACAGCAUUUUCCCACUCUUCAGAAAGCAUAUUGAGCCAGACCUUCAUCAUGCACAGAUCAGAAUAAACAACAGUUUUGUUUCGUCAUUUAGAGAGCCAAUUUACAAGCUAAAAUGCAGAAGUGAGUCAUUAAGUGAGCAUGCUGAAUACAUUUUUCACGGACAGGAUGCCCAAGUCGACAAUUUUAUCGAGAUGUACUUGAGACCGCCUUCUGCUAGUGAAGAAGCACGAAUAAAUGAUUGGAUCAAGGUGCGGCAAUCAGGUAUCAAAUAUUAUCUCUCCCUGGGUGAUCAGAGGAUCGUGGAUAAAAAUUUCAUCAUCCGACCAAGAGCCGAAUUUGAGGUUGGGCGGUUGACCCUGGGUGGUUUACUGGAUUUAGGUUAUACUGUGGUAGUAAGUUAUAAACGAGCAUCCACCUCAGUUAUUGCUGGCAAUCUUUCAGUGUCUUUGGAAACAAUUGAUACUCUGGGAGAGACCUAUUUGAUAGUUGGGACUGAAUCAUCAAGGAUGGGUAUAACUGGACCAUGGAUCACUAAAUCAUAUCUGGAAAUGGUACUUGAGAGACAAGGGGUCCCAAGGCUUAACACUCCUCCACCUUUAUCUAGUACAUCUGCUGCCAGCUGUCAGGAAAGGGUGAUUGCAGCCCCAAAGCCCCUCCGCAUAGCCUCGAACCUGGUCAACCGGAUAGAGGACCUAUCUCAGCCAUGGACCCGUUCACCAACCAAGUCCAAAAUGGAACCUGUCUCCAUGACAUGGCAAUUUAUCCCGACAGAUCCUCUUUUAUACGAUGCAUCAGACUCUGGUCCCUCGUCUUCCAGGGAUGCCCUGCAGCUUGCCCCCAUGCCAGACUCGUAUGACUUGGACAGAGGAUUGCUUCUGGCCGUGCAAGCAAUACAAGCGUUGUUGGAAAAUAAGGGACUCCCUGUCAUAGUUGGAAUUGGUGAGAUGAACUCCCUCUCCCUUUCUCUCUCAAUAGUGAUCUCUUCUUGCAGCAAUUCAGUUUUACUGAAGCGUGUUGAAGAAAAACAGCUGGUCUGGCUGUUGCCGCUAUUUUGUGCUUUAGGAUGCAAUACUUUGCUGUUGGUCAUCGUUUUCUUGAACAUGCAUGUUUUAUGGUUGUUGAUAAUGAGUAGUACCAGCGGUCCGAGUGGAUCAGGAAAAACAAGUUUGGCUCGUAAGAUGGCAAACAUAGUUGGUUGUGAAGUCAUAUCCCUUGAAAGUUACUACCGAUCUGAACAAAUGAAGGAUUUUAAGCACGAUGAUUUCAGCUCUCUUGAUCUGGCUUUACUAUCUAAAAACAUUGAUGACAUAAAAAAUUGUCGAAGAACAAAAGUGCCCGUAUUCGAUCUUGAGACUGGUGCAAGGAGUGGUUUCAAAGAGUUGGAAGUAUCUGAAGAUUGCGGAGUGGUAAUUUUUGAAGGCAUUUACGCUUUGCAUCCUGACAUCAGAAAACAUCUGGACUUGUGGAUUGCUGUUGUUGGAGGGGUCCAUUCACAUCUUCUUUCUCGGGUUCAAAGAGACAAAAGUAGAGUCGGAUGCAUCAUGUCCCAAAAUGAAAUUAUGAUGACUGUGUUUCCAAUGUUCCAGCAACACAUCGAACCACAUCUUGUUGAGGCCCAUCUGAAGAUCAGGAAUGACUUUGAUCCUGUUCUUUCACCAGAGAGCUCUUUGUUUGUGUUGAAAAGUAAUAAGCAAGUUGCCUAUCAAGAUAUCCUAAAAAUUCUUGAUCCAGCCAAGAUAUGUAGUUCAGUUCAGAGUUUCAUCGACAUAUAUCUAAGACUUUCUGGAAUACCUGCUAAUGGACAGCUGACUGAGGGUGAUUGUAUAAGAGUGAGAAUAUGUGAGGGUAGAUUUGCCCUACUGAUCAGAGAGAAAGUUAUUGAUAUGAAUUUGAAAAACCCACACACCUCGACCCUCGUGAAGCCUAUUACAGAAGGAAACUUCAUUAUCCAGCCUAAAGUGGACUUUGAUAUCAGCAUCAGUACAGUAGCCGGCCUUCUUAAUCUUGGGUAUCAAGCGGUGGCGUAUAUUGAAGCAUCUGCUUAUAUUUACCAAAAUGGAAAGAUUCUCGUCGAGAUUGAUCAUUUACAAGAUGUCCCGAAUUCUUACCUUCAAAUUAAGGGGGCAAACAAAGAAACAGUGGUAGCUGCUGGCUCGAUUCUUAAGCUUGAUGGUUCAUAUACCACAAAGAUAAUUCAGGAAAUAUUACCUGCUGUGGAGAGGAAUUCAAGUGGAAUUCAUACUCGACAAGCUGCAAGGUUGCAAGAACUAAUGGAAUACAUACAAUCUCAGGGUAGCAGCCGCUCGGCUUCAGAAUCAUCACCAACUAGAGAAGCUUGCCCGCUUGAAGGUGUUAUUGAAGAAAUGCAAUCGAGGAUUAAACGUCUCGAGAGAUGGCACGCAGUUAACACCGUACUUUGGACAUUUUUAAUGUCUGCAUUUCUUGGGUAUUCACUGUACCAUAGGAAGCGCCGAUGACGUGCAUUUACAUUGAGCUCGAUUUUUUACUUGGAAGUUCAGAAUUUGUAACUAUUCAAGAAUUACUGUUACCAAGUGCUUCGAAAUAGUGUCUGAUCAAAGUUUAGAAUAGAUGCUGCUAAUCACCGCAAGUUUUCCGAGUAGAUAUUGUUUGUUGAUGGUAUAUACAAAGAUUUGAUAUCAACAGAUGAAGAAAACAUGAAAUCAACUCCUGAGCAAUAGAUCAACUUGUGGAUGACUAUAAAUUUGUAAAUACUGAUCACUUUUUAAUACUGCUACUGGAAUGUGACAUCAAUUAUUGAAUGUCACCAAAUGAUCAGGGUUCAUACAUUUUCUAGUCUCAUAAUAUUGCUAAUAUACUGAAAAUAGAUUUUCUUUGACAAACAGCUUUUAGGCAAUAAGCAAUCUCAAAAUUGCGAAACAGGCUCCAUGAUUCCAUUGCAAAAUCACUUCUGCAGAGGAAGAAAACUUCCAGUUUUGGCAUAGUACACAGCCAUCGCGAAUAAGAUGAUCAAAAGGGCAGUUAAAAAAUUCAUACCAUCUUUUUUCUUCUCCCUGAUCAUUGUCACCCUUGCACUCGAAUCUAGUGAUGCAGAUACCAAGGCUCUGUUCGGAAGCAAAUAAUUUUAAUCAUAGUUAAGGCACACGAUAGCUAUCUGAAUGGAUAUGUAAGAG